AUGGCUCCGAAGCAGCCGAACAGCGGCCUCUUUGUUGGGCUCAACAAGGGGCACGUCGUCACAAAACGCGAGUUGGCUCCUCGCCCGACUGCUCGCAAAGGGGUACGAAGUGUGCUUCUGUUUACAGUGACCAAUAAUUUGAGGAGAUUCCCGCUUUUAGUAACCAAAUAGUUUUCCGUAGCUCGUUCUCUUAACAGUUUGUCCUGAGAAUCUGUACGGGGCAUCUUUCUACGUUGUUCAUCUCUUGAUGUCUUAGAAAACACACCGCUUGUUUCUUGUUUAUGAGAUGUGAGAAACGAUCCUUGUACUGUUCCAGAAAACGAGCAAGAGGGUGCACUUUGUCCGGAACUUGAUUAGAGAAGUUGCUGGGUUUGCUCCCUAUGAGAAGAGAAUCACCGAACUCCUGAAAGUCGGCAAGGACAAGCGCGCUCUAAAAUUGGCGAAAAGAAAGCUGGGUACACACAAGAGAGCAAAGAAGAAGCGUGAAGAAAUGGCAGGCGUUUUGAGGAAGAUGCGGUAAGUGCCCUGGUUUCUAUUUGACGCUUUUAUUUACCCCACACAGAUUUGUGUCACAUGUUUAUAUUUAUUCGUUAUCCUGACGCUAGCAUACGUCUCUACCUCGAAAGAUGUCCCUUAUAUUCCAGUAAAACUGUUUUUGACGCCAAGUUUUUUUUUUCAUCGGGAUUAUCUAAAUGGCCUUACAACCCGCAUAAAAAUUCACUUCUAGAAUGGCACGCAUGA